AUGCUUGUCGUGAAUCCGGAGAAGCGUGCAACGGUUGAUCAGUUAUUGACACACCGCUGGGUCACAGGAACGGAAGUGGCCACGGUACAACUUACAAGUGCUCUGGAAGAGUUGCGCCGCUUUAAUGCGCGCCGCAAGUUCAAAGCUGCCCAGUCGCCUCCAGAUGAAGCUGUGGACCUCGACCAAGACGAUGGGCUUGAGGUCUCGCUCGAAACAGUGGAAUUGCAUCUAGACGAUACGAAGAAUGAGUAA